AUGGCGAAGAGGAUUGCGGGAUCACAGAUUACCAGGGAAACAUUUGUGGAGGAUAAUGAUACAUCAGAUGAAUGUGCAGUUAGUGGGCCAAGCAUCGCUUCAGAAUCAACCAUGCGCACGAGGAAAAUCGCGAUGCCCAAGAGGAAGAUGGGGCCUAAUGGUACGGAGGGUAGUUUUGGGAAUGCAUUUGCGUUUGCGAAGAAGCCUGUGGCGGAAGGGGUAGGGGAGUUUUCGGUAAUUGGAGAGGCAAGGGCGGUAGAAGGAGUUGAUGGUGGUGGUGAUAAACAUGCCAAGCUUCAGGCGUUGAAUUUAAAGUUUCAGGAGAAGAUUUCGCAGGCGGUGAGGUCAGAUCCGUUUGUGAAUCUGACGCCCGUGUUGGAGAAGUAUCAGAGUUAUAUGUCUGGGCUGAGGGGGCCAGUGGGGACGGAUGAUGGGGGGGUUGGUUCGGCUAUGCAGGGUACAAGUGGGAGCCGGUCGAUGGGCCAAGACGAUGGUGGUGAGGGGUCUGCGGGAGAUGGAAUGGGGCCGAUUUCUGUUAAUUCAGACAGCCACUCUGGUAGCGAGGACGAGAAGGAGGAUGAUAUUAGGGUUCAGGGUCCGAAGUUUGUUGUUAGUUCUGGGUCUACCGCUAAAGAUUCCGUGUUUUCUUUUGGUUCCAAGAAGAGGGAUCGCAGGGACAGCGACAGCGAGAGCGAUAUUGAGAUAAAGGGGCCCAGUUUUACGUUCAGUGGCACUGUGUCUAGUGAUGUAUUUAAGCUGAAGGGGGAACAGGAGACAGCGGAAGAAUCUAAAGAUGGCCAGUCUGACCCUGUUUCGAAGUCUUUUGUAUUCAAGACUUCCAAUAAUGGCACGACUUCCGACGGCCAGCAGCAACCGGUAGCAGCGGUGGCAUCGCCAGGAUCACCAGAAUCGCCAGCACCAUCAGAAUCGCCAGCACCACCAGCGACGGCGACACUGCCUAUAUUUGGAAUAUCAUCUUCGUCAACAGCGGCUGGUAACACACAGAGUAAUACUCAAACAAAGAUGGGCAUGUUUGGUCAAGGCUCAACUUCAAAACCAAGUUUCAGUUUUGGUAUACCGGCGGCAAAAGCAUUGACAACAGCAGACACUGAGAAAGGCCAAGAAGCUCCACAGCCGAUUUUUAAUUUCGGCUCAUCAACAGACAAACAGCCAGAGAAUACCAACCAAGGGUUUACUUUUAACCUUCCAGCAGCCAAAGGUGAGAAUACUAAAGCCAGCUUUACAUUCGGCAGUACUGCCCCAGCAGCAGCAUCAAAUGCGACAACUACAAUUUCAAAUAAUUCAAAUGUACCUAGCUUUUCAUUUGGUGCUUCCAACAACGGUUCAGAUAACAAUAAACAAGAAACUAAUAAGGCUUCCUUUAACUUUGGCAAAACGGUCUCAUCUGCUGCACCAUCCUUUAAUUUUGGUCCGAAGUCAGAUAACUCCUUUCAACCAUCCAAUAAUUUUAAAUUCUCGUUGCCAUUUGCACAGAAUUCUAUUGCAUUCGGUAACGCUGACAAGAGUAACACACAGCUAGAACAUUCGAAGAAUACAAGUGAAGUAAGUGCGCAGGUAGUAGAGCAAGCAGAUGAAAAGAUGAACCUUGAAAACGGCGAGGAAAAUGAGAAUGCGUUGUUUUCCGAAAGAGCCAAGCUAAUGAUUUUUGAUAAUGAGACGAAAAGUUAUAAAUCACGAGGACUCGGGGAACUUAAGGUGUUGCAGAAACAGGAUAAUAAGUCUAAGGUCAGAAUUUUGUGUAGAUCCGAUGGAAUGGGUCAUAUUUUACUAAACACCAGUAUUGUCAAGAGCUUCAAAUAUGAACCUCUAGAUGCAGAUAAUGACAAUCUAGUGAAAUGUCCCGUAGUAACUGAUGGGAAGUUGGAAACGUUUGUUAUUAGAGUCAAACAAAAGGCAGAUGGGCGUAGGUUGGCCAAUAUCAUUGCAGAAGUCCAAGAAACUAUGUAA